AUAAUUUAUUCAUAAUGAAAUAUGGACAGGAAUUGAAAAAAAGUAUAUUUAUACCAUGGCAGCUUUUUUACGUAUCCUACGAUGUCCUCAAACAGGAACUUAAAUCUCGACAGCUUGAUCAUGGUUGGACAGAUAAAGAUAAACAAGAUUUCACAAGUCUCUUAGAUAAUGAACUUUCCAAAGUAUACGAUUUUAUUAAUGCUAAGCUUUCAGAAAUCGAUGCACGUAUCCUUUAUUGUGAACGUACCAUUCAGACAUUACAAAAGAAACCUAGUAUAUCUUCAGAUACCAAUUAUAGUAUUAUGGACGAGGCGCUCACUGAAAUCUUGUUUGAUGUGAAUGACCUCUCUCGUUUCACUCGCGUCAAUUAUGUUGCUAUUCAAAAAAUUCUAAAGAAGCAUGAUAAAUGGACAGGACUUAAUCUAAAGCACGAGUUUAUAACUCAGUUACGUAAAAAGCCAUUAGAUAAACAACGCUUUGAUGUCGCUAUCGUCUACAUCUCAGCCUUACAUGAUAUUUGUCGUAAUCAAGGUGAACAGUCCUCUGGGAAUAGCGGUGCAGAUAGAGAUCAAAACGCAUUUAAGAGAGCUACUGCAAAAUAUUGGAUCCAUCCUGAUAAUAUCACAGAAGUCAAAGCCAUCAUCAUGCUACAUUUGCCUGUUUUGAUUUUUGAUAAAAAUAAAAAAUGGGAACCUUCUGAUUCAGUCAUUUCAAGUACGUAUUUUGAUAACACAAAUUUUGACUUAUACACAAGUCGAUUACAAAGAGACGAAGAAGCUGAAGCAAUUCGAUUUAGAUGGUAUGGUCCUACAAGUAGUGAUACUAUUUUUAUCGAACGUAAAACACAUCAUGCCUCUUGGUUAGAUGGUGCAUCAGUAAAAGAUCGAUUUAGAAUCAAAGAAAACCAAGUAAAUCAUUUCAUAACUGAAGCUUAUACAGCUGAUCAAAUAGUUGAUAAUUUGAAGCAAGCUGGUACUACUGAAUCCACAAUAGAAAGUAUUCAGUUUAUUGCCCAUGGAGUACAAAAGUCAUUUAGAGAGAAACGAUUAGAACCGAUGAUUAGAGUAUUUUAUAACCGCACAGCCUUUCAGCUACCGGAUGAUCAACGUCUACGUCUUUCUCUUGAUACCGAUUUGACCUUUAUUCGUGAGGAUCAUAUGGAUGGUAUGCAUCGUCGUCAACCCACUUUUAAUUGGCGUCGCAAUGAUGUUGGUACUGAUUACCCAUUUUAUUAUAUAAGAGAGAAUGAUAUCCUUAGAUUUCCUUACGCUGUCCUCGAGACCAAACUACAGACACAUUUGGGCCAACAGCCACCGGCUUGGUUAACAUCACUUAUUGAAUCUCAUCUCGUUCAUGAAGUCCCACGGUUUUCAAAAUAUCUACAUGGUGCUUGUCAUUUUUACCGUGAGAAACUUCCAUUGCUGCCUUGGUGGCUAGCAGAACUUAAUGUCGAUAUUCGUAAACCACGCGCAGAAAACAUUGGUCUUACACGAUCACGAAGUUUCAAGCCCUUAAUUGAUGGUAAAUACCGAAGAGCUAUGAUUGAAGAAAAAGAAAGAGCUAAUCAACAGGCUGUUGUGAGUGCUGAACGUACUUCAUCAAAGUCCAGUAGUUCGCUUUCAACAGUGAACCAAGAAAAUCCAAAGGAGGAACUAGUAUAUAAAACUAUACCUACACCUACACCUAUACCUAUACCUCCUCCUAUCAAAUUCGAUAAUGCCUCCAUCACUUUUAUACCUUCUCAAGCACGAAAACUGUAUGAUUAUGAUAACGAUAACGAUAACCAAAAACAGUAUCAACAACAAGAUUUAGAACUUGGUACACCUGUUACUGGAGAUGAAUUCGAAGUGAAACGGCAAAAGGUCAAAGUUCGAGUGGAGCCAAAGGUAUUCUUCGCUAAUGAACGUACAUUUAUUUCCUGGCUUCAGUUUUGUGCUUUACUUUUGACAGUUGCUCUCAACUUGCUUAAUUUUGGCGAUACAAUAUCACGUACGGUGGGCGGUAUUUUUAUUGGCUUAUCUGCUGGUAUAUCGAUCUAUGCUUUAUAUCGAUUUGAAAAAAGAGCCUGGAUGAUCAGUCACCGGGUUGGCGGUCGUUAUGAUGAUAUUUGGGGCCCUGCAGUUUUAUGUUUUUUAUUAGUCGUUGCACUUAUUGUAAAUAUAUAAAUGCAUAUAUAUUUUUUUCUUUAAAUGAUACAUUAUACGUCAUUCUAACUGUUUAUUAUAGGUGAAUUUUUAUCUUCGAUUUAGAUAAAACAAAGAACCUGGAUACAUAAAUACUAUGAACAUUUCUAUAU